GUUGUGUGUGCUCAUUUCUGCUGACCUUCAGACCUCCAUAAAGGCAUAAAAAUGGGAAUGCUGAUGUCUGGUUGAACAGAGUUUAAGAGGAUAAAUAAUAAAAAAAAUAAUGGCAACCGGUGAGCAGUCAGCAGUGGAUGGCUGGUAUACCUCCCAGUUGAAGCUAGUCCUCCUUGGGGGCAGGAACUCAGGGAAGAGCUCCCUGGGAAACCUCCUCCUGGGCAAAGAGGAGUUCGUCACCAAGGAGAGGACGUCGUGCUUGCGGCGGCUGGCCCCGGUGGGCCGGCACUGGCUGACGGUGGUGGACACACCCGGCUGGUGGUGCGACUUCGGCGUGGAGGACACCGCCCGUAUCGUGCGGCGGGAGCUCCAGGGGAGCGUCGCCAUGUGCUCUCCAGGACCCCACGUCUUCCUGGUGGCGGUCAAAGCUGGCUCGCCCUUCACGGAGAGGCGCCGCCGGGCCCUGGAGGAGCAUGUGGGCCUGCUGGGGCCCAAGGUGUGGGGCCACUGCGUGGUGGUCUUCACCUCACUAGGUGCGCCCGAGCACAAACGGGACCGGGGGCUCUCGGAGUCGGAAGCCCUUGGUUGGCUAAGGGAUAAGUGCGGACAGAGGUGUCACCUCAUCGACUUGAGCGAUGGAAGUCGAGUCGGGGAGCUAUUGGAGAACAUCCAGAGAUUGGUCGCCAUCAACGGAAACAGUGUGUUUGAGAUGGUGGAGAGCGUUUGCAGGGCCAUAGCGGAGGAGAAGAGACGAGUGGAGGAGGACGCCCACACCAGGUUUUUGAACAUGAAAACUCACAGAGCCUUUAUGAGAGAGCGGGCUCACCCCCUGCCUGACAUCAGGAUUGUGCUGCUGGGAGCCAAAGGUUCCGGAAAGACUUCUUCUCUAAAUACAAUCUUGGGCCGGGACCAGGGGCGGCGGUCCUCGGGCAGAACGGCUCGCUGCGCAAUGGGACGAGGCGCGGCCUUUGGGAGGCAGGUGACGGUGGUGGACACGCCCGGCUGGUGGAUGAACUUCUUCGUCCAUGAGAGCACUGCCUUCGACCGUGGUCAGAUCAGGCUCGGCCCAUCCUUUUGCGCUCCGGGUCCGCACGCCUUCCUGCUGGUGGUGCGCCCGGACCGCGCCUUCUCCGAGAUCUACCGCCGUGCGGUGCAGGACCACCUAGAGCUGCUCGGCGGGGACGUCUGGAGCCGGGUCAUGGUGCUGUUCAGCUUUGGGGACUGGCUGGGCGAGACGGCCGCCGAGCAGCACGUGGAGAGCGAGGGUGAGUCGCUGCGGUGGCUGGUCGAGCGCUGCGGGAAUCGAACUCACGUGCUCAACAACAGGACUGCCGGGGAUGGAUUCCAGGUGAGGGAGCUGCUGGGGAAGAUAGAGGAGAUGGUGGCGGGCUGCGUCGGCGGACAUUGGCGGGCGGCGGGUGAAGAGGAGGACCAGUUGGAGAGGAUGACGAGGCUGGAGGAGAAGAGAGCCGUGGAGAGGAAGAUGAAGAUGGAGCAGCAGAGGAGGGAGGCCGACAAGUCCCGCCCCCUCUCUGAAGUGACACUUGUAUUGGUGGGUGGCAGCAAAACGGGCAAGAGCUCGUGCGGCAACACGGUGCUGGGCCACGACUGCUUCCACACAGACCGUCCGACCACCUCCUGCACCCUCGAGCGGGGCCGUGUCGGCGAUCGGGCGGUGACGGUACUGGACACGCCGGGCGACUUCCCUCUAACCGCCGACCUUCUGAAGGAGGCACCGUCCUGUGCCGUGCUGGUGGUAGUCAACGCCAGCGCUGCCUUCACCGGCGGCCAAGGAGAAGCCUUGGAAGCGCAGCUGGAAGGGGUCUGGAGGAGGGCCGUGGUGGUGUUCAGCCAUGGCGACUGGCUGGGCGACACAGGAAUCGAACAACGGCUGGAGAGCGAGGGGCCGGCGCUGAGGGAGCUGGUGGCCAAGUGCAGGAACAGAUACCACGUGUUGGACAACAAACGCCGUUUAGAGGGCUCGCAGGUGCUACAGCUGAUGGCGCAGGUGGAGAGCAUGCUGGCGGCGGAGCAUCACACGUCCACUGGAUCAUCUGCACCACCGCGCCACAAGAGUGCCACGCUGUGCAAGGAUCUAAGUUUGAUGCCCAGUGACGGUCAUCAGCUUUCAAAUCACUUUAAGUGUAGUGAGUCUUCCACUGAGUCUUUCAGUGAGUCCUCCAGUGAGUGUCCCUCAGUGGACUCGAGUGAGUCUUCAUCUGCUGACAAACAAGUCGCACUUCCCUCGGCCGUGCGGAACAGCGGGAACGCCACUUCCCGUUUGCUGGCCGUUCUUCAGGACAGAAUGAAAUCUUUAAGCAUCAACGUACCAGCGUGGCUCCACAUUCACCCGCCCAGACUUCCCAUAAUGCUCCUGGUGGUGCCUCCACCCUGCCAGGGUCCGCUUCCCGACGGGUACGCCCGCCUGGAGCACUCCCUCUACAGCCAGAGAGGAGACUGGAGGAGCUUGGAGGAGCUGGAAGCCUUCAUCGACUCGUAUUUCGACACGCUGCGGGUGGGGCAGGCCUUAACUACGCUUCCACCAUUGCCUCGGCCCGAGGGCGCCGCCGCUGCCCCGCAGUCGGGGGAGCACCUGCUUUUGUCCAUCGAAAGGAAACUAUCCAAGCUGGACCUGCUGGAGGAGAUCCGGGAAGACCUGGCAGAGGUGAGGAGGAGCCUGGCGCUCAGCUGGAAGGUCAUACAGGAGCUCAGAUGCAAAAGUAAACACCAGUGAAUGACACUUAGCUGACUCAGCAUUAGGUACACGUGUGCUCCCAUGGAAAAGUCUAGUUCAUAUAACAGUAUUUAAAAAUAAUAAUUGAGUGAGGUUUUCAAGGAUUAAUGUUUGAAAGUAGGGUUUCAAGUCAGCGUUAAGUGUUUUAAGCCACAGUUUGCUUGCAAGAUCUCAACCCUGAUCAUAUUACAGUUUUAAGUGGCGCUGAACAAUACUGGCAGAAAAUGACUGAGAUUUUUUUUAACUGAUAUAUUGUAUAUUACAAUAUAAAGGAAACAAACACAGAGGCGGUCCUUGACCAGGGCUGGGUUUCAAAUAAAGAUUUCAGGCCUUAGAAAGGUUUCAAAUGUUUAUUAUUGUGGUUGCAGUGACCUGUUCCUAAUGUUUUGGUCAAGCAUAAUAAUAAACGUGAAAAUAUAAUCAGCAUUUUUGAACAGGGAGAUACAGUAUUUUGACACCUGAUGUUGUGGUUCAUAGAGAACUAUGACACCUUUUUCCACCAGGGGCCGCUGUUGUAUAAGUAUCCGAGUCAACGGGCUUCUGCUCACGUGGUACAUUAUCAAAUAUGGGGCAAAAUUACUACAAACACAGCUGGCAUCCAUUUACAAUUAUUACAACUUUCAUUUGGGAUUGUGGGGAAGCCAAUCACACACGCAUUCACACCUACGGGCAACUUAGAGUUUCCAGUUAAGCGACCAUGCAUGCCUUUCGGGAUGUGGGAGGAAACCGGAGUACCCGGAGAAAACCCACGCAGGCACGGGGAGAACAUGCAAACUCCACACAGGCGAGACCGGAUUUGAACCCAUCCUCAGAACUGUGAGGCAGAUAUGCUAACCAGUCCAGCACCGUGCCGCCCUGUUAACAGGCCAAUGUAUUUUAAAAUAGAGAUAGCAAGUGAGCCUUUUUAAGAUUUAUGACAAAGUCUAAUCUAAAUAAAAUCAAUAAAAUUAAAUGUUUUGAAAUGUUCUUUUUUUAAUCAAUUGCGAUACAAUCAAUUACAUACAAAAAAGGAGGCUCGCGGGGACGCACCGCAGCCUUUCGCAGAGUAGACUACUAUAGUUACUUGGCUGGAUUAUUUAACUCCGGUUAGCAACAAAAGUUAAAAAGAAGUAAUUGGCUGUCAAGUUUAAGUCAAUGGUAAAGACACAAUAUAUAAUGGUGAUGUGUGUUCUAUACGCGGACGGCUGCAUGCCGGAAUUCGGAAAAGCACCACGUACAUCACGUCACCAUUUUCACCAAGUUGUCAGGUAUGUUGAUCACUUCUCUUCUAUUUUUUUUACUUAUUGUACAUUCCCAACAAAAACAGAACAUCAAACCGGUAACAUUUCGUGUAACAUUGUGCGCUCGC